CUUUCUGGGUUACUUCCUGUCCCGUUCUUUGGUACUUAUCUUUGACUUCAGCUCCCUGCAGCAGCUGCCUUGACAGGGUAGCGGUCCUGCCGUUAGUGCCCCCCCAAAACUCCUUAGUAUCCCGAGAGAGUGCCCUUCUUCUCCAGUUAAGGUCCCCAUUUAAAUAAAUAAGCCUGUCCUUCCUAAUUUUUUGCAGGCUCUUCCUAUUUCGACCUCCUAUUGCUUUGGCGUUAACCAUUUUUGUUCUCCAUUUCUCUCUUUUAUGCCUUUUGUGCCUCAGUUCUACUUUUAUUUUUUUAGGUUUAAGCUGCCUUAAAGGAGAAUUAAAAAUUGCGGCUCCAAAGAACAAAGUAAGAAGAGAGAAAACGGCACACGAAAAGAACCCAGAAAGGGAUAGCAGGUUUUGACACGCAUGGGCACACAUGAUUAUGAAUAGUGAAGACAAUGAAGAGUGGGACAUCCGUCAAAGAGUAACAAGGUGACUAGUGUGACCUCAUGACGCUUCUGUAAAAGCCAGAUUCAGCUAGGAUGUUACACCAUCACUGUCGGAGAAACCCUGAACUACAGGAAGAGUUGCAGAUUCAGGCUGCAGUUGCUGCUGGCGAUGUCCACACCGUGCGCAAGAUGCUGGAGCAAGGAUAUUCUCCAAAUGGUCGAGAUGCCAAUGGCUGGACCUUGCUUCAUUUCUCUGCAGCAAGAGGGAAAGAGAGAUGUGUCCGUGUUUUUCUUGAACAUGGAGCUGAUCCCACAGUUAAGGACUUAAUUGGAGGCUUCACUGCUCUGCAUUACGCAGCCAUGCAUGGCCGAGCGAGGAUCGCGCGCUUGAUGUUGGAAUCUGAAUAUAGAAGUGACAUUAUUAAUGCAAAAAGCAACGAUGGUUGGACUCCCCUCCAUGUAGCAGCCCACUAUGGCCGAGACUCCUUUGUCAGGCUCCUCUUGGAGUUCAAGGCUGAGGUUGAUCCGCUCAGCGAUAAAGGUACUACGCCGCUUCAGCUGGCCAUUAUCCGGGAGAGGUCAAGCUGUGUGAAAAUCCUCCUGGAUCACAAUGCCAACAUCGACAUUCAAAAUGGUUUCCUGUUACGAUACGCUGUGAUCAAAAGCAAUCACUCUUACUGCCGAAUGUUCCUUCAGAGAGGGGCGGAUACAAACUUGGGUCGCUUGGAAGACGGACAGACGCCCUUACACUUGUCUGCUCUUAGAGAUGAUGUGCUUUGUGCACAAAUGUUGUAUAAUUACGGAGCAGACACUAACACAAGGAACUAUGAAGGACAGACCCCACUGGCUGUUUCAAUAAGUAUUUCUGGAAGUAGCCGACCCUGUCUGGAUUUCUUACAAGAAGUGACAAGUAUGUAUGACAGCCCAGAAACUUGCAAGAUCUAUGCCGAAUUAAAAUCCGUCAGUGUAUAGGCCUUCAAAACCUAAAACUACUUGAUGAACUACCCAUUGCCAAGGUCAUGAAAGACUACUUAAAACACAAAUUUGAUGAUAUCUGAUAUCCAUGAAGACAAGAACUCUGAGCAAGAUUAGUUAUAUUCCAGAUACUGAAGAGGCUUGUUGCCUUGCACAAAGUAUAUCCUAUGCAAAUUCUGAUUUUUCUGUGAAGUCAGAAGGCAGGUAUACACUUCCUUGGGUUUUUUAUACCACAUGCUAGAAGGUCUUAAUUUUUGGUUUCUUGGUCCAAGUUUACAAGGUCCAAGCUUUCUAUACAAUAUGACAUUUUAAAAAUUGCUGUUGGUUUUUUUUUGUUUGUUUGUUUUCACAUGAAGUGUGCAGACUUGCAGUGUGGAGACGGAAGGUAGCCUCUCAAGGGGAGCGGUUGGUUUGAAUUGGCAUGCUGAGCAAUUAUUCAAAAAAAAAAAAAAAAGAGUUUUGGAAAUCAAGGCACCAGUCCUGCAAAAGGAUACUAACAGAAAGACCUUCAGCGCCCUGUUGUCUGUUGGGAUUCUUGUCUCUGCCAGGGUGUGUGUGUUUUUGCAGGAUGGAGGGAAGAGUUGAUAAGCAACACCUCCUAGGGUACUGUAACGUAAUUUGGAAAGUAAAAUAAAAAUGCAGUUACCCUGUUCAAUUUGAGGGUCUACACAUUGGCUCUUUUUAUAUUCUUUUCCUAAUUACUGUAGUUGGGAUGCCUAUAAAAUUCAGGCCCUCUUUUUUCCUGACAUUCCCUGUUAAAUGGGCGGCUAUUUGUAAGUCUAUUUUUAACAGUGACAGUACACUACAAAGAGGCAUAGCCUCUGUAUUUUUUACAUUAACUUAAGAGUAAACAAAUUUAGAUUUUUUGAAGCCAAUGUAUUCUGUUUCUCAUACAGUGCCUCCUGUGCAAUAAUCUUUCUGAUGUAUUUUCCCUUUAUGUGUGAUUCCCCCACACAUUGUUCCUCAUUUAGUCUCAGUGCAUUAUUUGUGAGAAUGGGAGCUGCUGCCUCGCUGUAGUGUUGACCUGACAUUACUGAAGUGAAGUGGCAGUUGCUGUUCGUUAUUACUCCCUGAAUUUCAUGAAUGUAUAACCUGCUUUAUUUCACUUUCAGUUGAAAUUUUAUCUACGGGUUCUCAGCCAAAUUGUGUCCACUUAAAAAAAAAAAAAAGAAAGAAAAGAAAUUGGCCAAACCCUUUUACUUUAAAGGCAGUGAUGGAUUUUAUAUUUUUUUCUUGGUUGGUUGCUCUGAAAUUCUGUUUAUUUCAGGUUAGAGAGUGGGAAGUGCACGUAAGUUAUUAAGAUGCAUUUUAUAUGUGCACUAACGAGCCCCAUCCAUAUUGAAAAUUUAAAUUUUGCGGAUAAUCUGAAAGCAGCAACUGAAAGGAGUACUGAAAUUUGGCUACUGAAUGUGUUUUUCAUACUUAGGUAUUGAAAAGAUCUGUUAAAGAGUUUUGUUCUGGUCAUAAAAAGAAAAAGUGAAGUUCUCACUAUCAAAAAAAGAUUGGGCCAAAAUAUGCAGUUGUUUCACUCUCUUUAUUUUCAAGGGAUUACGGAGUCAUCGUAAGGUUCUUGCCAGUGUCCUCUACUUUUGUUUUGCCAUCCUACCGGCUCCAGAAGAGCCUCUCUAAUAUCAGGAGUGCUUUUGUACCAAUUACACCAAUGGAAGCGGGGAGAUGAAAGGAAGGGUGGUGGCUUUUAAGUUAAACACUGUCACUUUCAAAAUAUUUAAUAUUAAAAACAUGAAAAGCAAGGUGAAGCAGGUAUACUCAUAUUAUUUAACUGUGCUAGUUCCUUUUAAUAUCUUAUAACCCUGGGCUGCAGUUCCUUGAGCACAAACCUUAUCACUGACAACGGAUGCACCGGAACUCUGAGGAGCAAGGAGGAUUAUCUCUCCCUAUUGUGCCUGGCAUUGCAUCAGGUUUCCAAACAAUAAGUGAUUUUGGGGAUUCAUGGCUCAGAGGAUUGGUAAUGGGAUGUUGAACCUCUUUUAUCUCUAGCUUGUAUUGGUUCAAGUCCAGCCUGCUUGUGAAGAGUGACCAAAAGUACCUCCAACCUUAACACCACGCAGUACGAGCUGUGGUCACCUCCAGGCAGGAGAGCUUUAGGGUGCUUCCUCCAGGUUGUAUUUAAGUGGUGGCCUUCCAGCAGGGACAACCUGAGAGCAUGGGUGGGCUGUGGGUGUGAGCUGGUGUGCGUGAUGGUGUCCAUCACCUCCUACAGAAAGAUCAGGCAUCGUGAUCUUUAAGCUCUCCGGUGCUGAGACAGGACAGGCAUUAACAUUGACUGGCAGGUUUAAAGUCUUCAGUUUUGUCACAUGAGAUCAGAACCUUAAAAUUGCUUUCUCUUUUUUUUUUAAAAAAAAAUAGUAUUGUUCCCUACAUUUGUAAGUUGGUCUAAACCAAUGUCCUUCCCCACUGAAUUUUUACAGUAAUAUUUUCUAAGGUAAUCUAGAGUAUAUUUUAGUUGCAAUCUAUAUUAAGGCAAAUUAUUUGUUCUGUCUGUUGCUGUGACUGAAGAAAAUUAUGGAAGACUUUGUUGGUAACAUGAAUGCUAUUUAAUGAAGAAAUGUGUAAUUCCAUUAUUUAUUAUUUGAGGUUUGUUUUUUGGUUAUUUCUUUUGACUGACAUCUAAAGGGAACACACUUACAUUUCAGGCCAGUAAAAAGCCUUUCUUUGAAAUUAAUUUUCAUCCUAUCCUCUGGACCCUCCCCAAGGUGGAGGGGAGCCCUCACCCUUUCUUGCAAUGCUAAGCCAUCUCUUGUAGCUGGUUUCUCUGACUUUGAUUCUGCAAAGCACCACAGCACCUGUGUGUCUCUGGACCUACUGAUGGUAGGUCUGUCUUGAGUUAUACACGUGCUCGAGUGCGAGUGAAGUCUGAUUAUUCAUUGAUAAUCCUAUCUCAAUUUCAAUAAUGGGGAAUUCGGUCUUUUUUUCUUUUUUUAAAAUUAAUUUAAAUAUUGUGCACAAAUGCUUUGAAGAACAAACAACUUUUGUUUUUCAUUCGGACUAGAAUGUGGAAGGAGAAGUGCAUAAUAUGGACUUGUUAUGUAGCCUAGUUCCAUUAUCUUAAAAUUCACAGUUGAACGCUUUUAAUAAACCUUAAAAAAUUGGCAAAUACACCAAAGAAUCAAUAUGAGUAAAAGACUCUGAUCAUUAACAAACUGCAAACCUCAUCCUUUAAAACAAAGCAGAAAGUUUUUGUAAAUAUUUAUGUUUAUAAAUGUACAGCAGAGUAAGAGUGUUUUUUAGAUUAUUUAAUUACCAUAUUUCUAAACUAUUUACAUUAUAGACAAUACUUGUUAGUUUGAAAAGCUCUUGAGUGAGUGUUUUUUUUUUGUUUGGGGUUUGUGUUUUUUUUUUUAAAUUCAUUAUCACUCAUGCUUGGAAUAACUCUGGCUUCCUUGGGAUAGCGUGGAAAAUUCAGUUUUCUGGCUCUGGUUGGCAAUUGUAGGAGAACACAUCUGGACAGAUUCGGCAGAUAAAUACCCAAGGGCAAAAGAGAAAAUGUAGCGUGCUCACCAGGGUGGACCUGGGCUAGACGAAAAAAUUGGAUCCUACCAUUCUCAGUUAAAGCUGUCAAGAGCCCCCAAUGACAUUGUGACAAGAGCAACUUGGAACCUACCCACAAGUCUAGCUUCCAUGCAACGCUGUGUUACCGAUACCAUAAUGUAUUUUGUUCUUCCUUUGCAAUGUAAGUUUUUUUUUUGCUU